AUGGCUACCAAGAAGAUCGAUCCACAGCUAGGGUUUUGGGAGAUUGCAGACCUCCAGCUUGCAAAGCUGUCUAUUUUGGGCGUCACUCUUUAUGCGAGUCUGACGGGUAUCUUCCGGAGUGACAAGUUUCCCAAGAAAUUCAAGCAUCAUGUUAUGGGAGCAUCCAUCCGCGCAAUGAUCGAACGGCUGUCGAAUCGUCAGAUGCAAUACUAUUUCCCCUCCACCCAAGAGCUUUACGCAUCCUGCACAAAGAAGAGAGGUCUCAAACCAGAGGUGAUAUCCCUACCUCACGACGCAGAAGGGUUCUGGCUCGGAAACAAGAAUGCAAAGAAAAUAGUGAUCUACUAUCAUGGUGGUGGAUUCGCGAUGAGUGCUAUACCCUCGCAUCUAGACUUCUGGCUUGACUUUCUUCAGGCCGCCAAGGAUGAUGGCCACGAUGUCGCUGUCUUUUUCUUACACUACUCAUUAACUCCGUCAAGCAAGUAUCCGACACAACUACGUCAGGCAGUCGAGGCAUUACGCUAUAUUGUCACUGACACAGAUUGCUCGCCAAGAAAUGUGGUUGUUGGCGGUGACUCGGCUGGUGGUAAUCUUGCUAUAGCAGUUCUACUCCACCUCUCGCACCCGAACCCAAAAAUUGACCCGCUCCCACUAUCGACACCGCUGGCAGGGGUUUUCUGCCAUGCACCUUGGAUUGACUUCAAAUAUGAUUGGCCAUCUAUGAAAGAGAAUGCAUACAGGGAUAUCAUAACGGCAGUUGGAUUGGAGAAAUGGUCGGGGUCUUACCUGAAUGGGAAGCCCGGGGAUAGUUGGAGCGAGCCGAGCUCUGCGCCGGUGCAAUGGUGGGCUGGUGCAAAGACUGAACAGAUCUUGCUGCUGGCUGGUGGACACGAGAUCUUGCUUUCGUCAAUUGAUGACUUUGCGAAGAAGAUCAAGUCUGUUUUUCCCAAUACAACUUAUAUCGUUGGCCCUGAUGAGUCUCAUGAUGCGCAUCUUUUCUUGGAAGCUAACGCAAAGGAUGGCACGCAUACUUCUAGGGAAGUUCGGAAAUGGGUUCUCUCUCGCUUGUGA